AUGGAGCAUAUGUGGACGCCAUUGAUCAUGCUGCAGCUGCUCCUAGCGGCAGCUGUAACAGCAGCCACCACCGCGACGACUCCUGGGUGCCGUCCGAGCUGCGGUGGCGUGGACAUCCCCUACCCUUUCGGCAUCGGCGUCGGCUGCUUCCGCAAGGGGUUUGAGAUCGAGUGCAUCAACAACGGCCCUGUGCUCGCCGGUACGUCUCUCCGGGUGGUUAAGCUGACCUUGGAUCCAGACCAGUCGCAGGUGAUGCUCCCCAUGGGGUGGCAGUGCUAUAACGCCUCCGACCCAGGUGACACCAACAGCAACUGGGACUAUGGAGAGACGACGAUGAACAAGGACGGCGUGUACCGCAUCUCCAACACCCACAACAUGCUCGUCGUCGUCGGCUGCAACACCUUGGGCUUCACGGCGAGCAAGAGGACCGAGGGCGGCACUGCUAACUACGCCUACUACACCGGGUGCAUGUCCUACUGCAACAACUCGGCUAGCGCGCAGGACGGCCUAUGUGAUGGCGUAGGGUGCUGCCGCGUCAACAUCCCGCCGGGGCUCACCGACAACUACUUCAACUUCCGGGAGUUCGACCACUCCAGCAUGAUGGACUACAGCCCGUGCGACUACGCCUUCCUCGCUGACAGGAACAACUACACAUUCCGCCGGUCCCACCUCAAGAUGGACACAAAACGGUCCUCGCCGGUGUGGCUGGACUGGGCCAUUCGCGGCAACAGCUCCAUCUCCGGUGACAUACCGUCGUGCAAGCAAGCGGCCAAGACCGACCAGUAUGCCUGUGUCAGCGCUCAUAGCGACUGCGUCGACUCCAUCAACGGGCCUGGGUACAACUGCAAAUGCUCCAAUGGCUACGAGGGCGACGCCUACUUGCCCAAUGGAUGCACUAAUAUAGAUGAAUGUGCAGAUCCGGCCAAAUAUCCUUGCUACGGUGUAUGCACGGACACCCAAGGAUCGUACGACUGCAACUGUCGUCUAGGUUUUCGAAGCCAUGACCCAAGAACCGAACGAUGUACUGAAAAGUUCCCACUUGCCGCACAGGUUUCCAUAGGUGCAAUAAGUGGCAUUCUGGUCUUGGCACUUAUAAUAUUCAUUUAUGUUCUUCGCAAAGAGAGGCGGGAGGCUAGGGACUUUUACCGAAAGAAUGGUGGUCUUACAUUAAAGGAUGCUGCAAAUAUUAAGAUUUUCAAAAAGGGGGAGCUCAAAGCAAUUUUAAAGAGUCAAAAUUUAAUUGGAAAAGGUGCCUUUGGUGAAGUUUACAAGGGUGAUAUUGAUGGAGCUCUA